CGAGGAAUUUCAGGCCGACAGAACUUUCAGCUGGAUACGUUACCUACUUGGUAUUCGAUCGCCGGCACUAGGAAGGCUUAGAUCGCCGGCGACGGACUUCAUAAAUUCCUCUGCUUAUUGUGAAGAACAAUUCAGUCGCCCAGAGAAGCAGAUUGAAAACUUUCGUGUCUACUUUUCUUCGUCUUCCCGCGGAAGCCUUCUUCUUGGCAUCUGUUUCUUUCACCGGUUCUGCUUGGCGACGUAACUAGCGGAGAUACGGAUACCAGCUAAGGAUUCAGGUUCACAAGAAGAAAGGUUUGGUGUCCUUAAUGGCAUCGAGAUGGAUGUUUUUAAUGGUUAGGCGUUGAUCUUGGUACUUUGAGGAUUUAGGGGAAUAUUGAAACUUGUGGUGUCGGGUGAAGUUAGGAAUUCUGUUGAAUGGCAUCAUAGUGUCUUGUUGUCCAGAUGGGUAAUGGUGAGGAAGAUGCCUGGAUAGAUGAACUUAAACUUGGUGGUUCUAUUCCUCUUUUAGAGCCAGAAAACUGCCCAAAUGGUUGGGCUACUCCUCCUGGGGAUAAAUUCAAUGUAAGAGGUCCCGAUUAUCUCCGAGACAAAGUGAAAAUUCCUGGGGGUGAAUUUCUUUUAAAACCUCUUGGAUUUGAUUGGAUCAAAGGUCCCAAGAAAAUUGGUGAGGUCUUGAAUCAUUCACACCACAGAGUGAGGAAAGCUAUCGACAAGGCAAUUGCUAGUGGCAGUAAUCCUUUUGUUUGGGCCUUCAAUUUGCAACUCCCAAGCAAGGAUAACUACAGUGCUAUUGCAUACUUUGUUGCCACCGAACCUAUCCAAGAUGGAUCUUUGAUGGACCUAUUUGUUAAAGGUGAUGAUACUAUUCGAAAUUCUAGGCUGAAAUUGAUUGCAAAUGUUGUCAAGGGACCUUGGAUUGUUAAAACGGCUGUUGGUGAUCAGGCAAUUUGCAUUCUAGGGCGAGCUGUUUCUUGCAAGUACUUUGUUGGACCAAAUUUUAUUGAAGUUGAUGUGGACAUUGGAGCUUCAGUGGUUGCCAAUGCAAUCGUUCACUUAGCUUUCAGCUACAUCAGAACAUUAACAGUUGACUUAGCAUUUCUCAUUGAAAGCCAAUCUGAGUUAGAGCUACCUGAAAAAAUUCUUGGAGCUGUCAGGUUCUCGGAACUUAAUCCAGAUUCAGCUUCUCUUUAUGAACCCCCUUCCGAAGAAAAUCCUUCCAAUCUGCAAUCCUCGUUGCCAACUAGAUUGUGGAAAUCUAUAGGACAAGGUUUCUCUCAACUGAUUCACCAUGGAAGCCAGGAUCUCUCAGUUUCCACGUCAGAAAAUGUCAAUGGUAGUCUUCACAGUACAAAUGGUGAAACAAAUUUGGAUAAAUGAUUUUUUCCCCAUUACCACUCAAUCAAGUUCUGCUGGUUAGGAUCAAACAAACUGUCUUUCAUUCAUUAUUCCAGAUAGAUCUGUAUCAUUGCUAAGCUUCUCAUUCAGCUCUACAAAAUUUGAUUUUUAUGCAAUUUUAUUAUCUAAAUAUGUAACUAUAAACUUUAUUCUGUCAGCUGAGACCAUACUGCUUUUGUAUUCUAUGUAUAUAUACAUUUUUUUUAAUGUAGAUAUGUGCGUCAUAUGCCUUCC